GGCGGCGCGGAGCGGCGGCCCCAGAAGCCGCGCAGUCGGGCGGCGGCACCUGCCUGCGGAGGUACGUGGCGCAGUCCCCCCAUCGGCGUAGCGGGGACUGGGGACCCAGGCGGCGGCGGUCAGCCUCAGCCCACUCCUCUUCGAGGCCCGGGCGGCUCGGUGUCACCCCUGCAAUGCCAAGUGGGUACAACUCUGCGAAGCUGAGAAGUGAUUGCCCAAGGACCUCCCUGCAAUGGUACACCCGCUCCCAGAACAGGAUGAGAAGACCCACCUUGUUAUUAAAAGACAUCCUCAAGUGUAUAUUGCUUGUGUUUGGAGUGUGGCUCCUGUACAUCCUCAAGUUAAAUUAUACUGCUGAAGAAUGCGACAUGAAAAAAAUGCAUUAUGUGGACCCUGACCGCAUAAAGAGAGCACAGAGCUAUGCUCAGCAAGUCUUGCAGAAGGAGUGUCGACCGAAGUUCGCAAAGACAGCAAUGGCACUGUUAUUUGAGCACAGAUACAGCAUGGACUUGGUGCCCUUCAUGCAGAAGGUCCCUGGAGCGAGUGAAGCUGAGUUCCAGUAUGAUCCUCCUUUUGGAUUCCGGAAAUUCUCCAGUAAAGUCCAGAGCCUCUUGGACAUACUGCCUGAACAUGACUUUCCUGAACGUUUGAGAGCUAAGCACUGUAGACACUGUGUGGUUGUUGGGAACGGGGGCAUCCUGCAUGGACUAGAGCUGGGCCACACUCUCAACCAGUUUGAUGUGGUGAUAAGGUUAAACAGUGCCCCAGUUGAGGGAUAUUCUGAGCAUGUUGGAAAUAAAACCACUAUAAGGAUGACUUAUCCAGAGGGUGCACCACUGUCGGAUGCUGAAUAUUAUGCCAAUGACUUGUUCGUCACUGUUCUAUUUAAGAGUGUUGAUUUCAACUGGCUUCAAGCAAUAGUAAAAAAUGAAACCCUGCCAUUUUGGGUGCGGCUCUUCUUUUGGAAGCAGGUGGCAGAAAAAAUCCCACUCCAGCCGAAACAAUUCAGGAUUUUGAAUCCAGUUAUUAUCAAAGAGACUGCCUUUGACAUCCUUCAGUAUACAGAGCCCCAGUCAAGAUUCUGGGGCCAAAAUAAGAACAUCCCCACCAUCGGUGUCAUUGCCAUUGUCUUAGCCACGCAUCUGUGUGAUGAAGUCAGCCUGGCAGGUUUUGGAUAUGACCUCAGUCAACCCAGAACACCUUUGCACUAUUUCGACAAUCAGUGCAUGAGUGCCAUGAACUGGCAAUUGAUGCACAACGUGACCACUGAGACCAAGUUCCUCCUGAAGCUGAUCAAAGAGGGUGUGGUAAAGGACCUCAGCGGGGGUAUCCAUUGUGAAUUCUGAGCACAACAAACCUGACACAUGGAGAUGUACCCGAGACUGUGCCAACGGCCUUCCGAUGCACUUCAGCCUGCAACUACUUUAACAUGCAGCUGGUGUUUUUAAACCUUUUGUUAAAAAAAAACAAAACCAAAAAAUGUUUCACUUUUCCCACUUUGUCCUGUUUAUUUGAAGUCUGUGUUUGGAUUGCUUUUUGCAGUUGCACAUUUUAUGUUAAUUUUAAAAAUGGGAUUGGAUUUCUCAAAGAGAAUUGUAUAGAAUGAUGCUUUAUUAUGUUUUAAGAAAGUAAUUUAAUUUGUAAGAACUUCACCCAUGUAAUCUGUACAGCAAGUACCAGGUGAUGAUGUAGGAGAGGGGGCUAUGCUGCUUUGAUGAUAGCCCUGAUGCCUGAGUCUGGUUUCUGCUGCUCUGUUUGGUGGGACCCAUGGUGGAGAUGCUUCCUGCUUCCUAGAUGAUGAAAGGAGCUCAAUCAUUCAACCACUGGCAGCUGCAGGAAGCACUGGACCAGUUGGACAAGUUCAUGGGCCCUUUCCGAUGGUUCACACUCUGCCAGAAGACUCCUUAGAAUCAACCAGGGGAGCUGUCCUAAUCAUCUCUGCUCAGAGAGUCCUGUGAAGCUGCCCUGGGCUACAGAUGCCACAGUCUUCCAAGCAACUAGGACGACUCUUGAAAUUCUUGAGAUUUUUUUUCUGCCCUUCCAAAGCACUUAAGUGUUAUUUAAGAUGUUCUGCUGUCUGUCUGAGGUGGCUUACCGUAACUAUGACAAAGCUUCUACUAUCUAGAACCAUGGAGGAAUGAACCCCUCCCAGGGAUAAUCACUUUUUUUUUUUUUUUGAAACACUGCAGUGAAAUCCUUCCAGUGUUAUAAAUUUCUUAUUUGAAAAUAAAAGAUUUUUGGAUGCCUAUCUGACAGUGCGUACCAAGCAAUGUGCUGGUCCAAAUAAAAGAAUAAAAACUGUU